UUGCUUUCUUAUUCUUCUUCACCCGCGUUACCUUGGAACCUGCUGUAAAUAUUCGGGAGCACCUUGGUGACGCGGUGGCGCCUUUAAGGGAGCCCCGGCAACCGUCCGGCUCCGUCAGGGGUGGGGGAUGUAGAGCCCCCGGAGUCAGAUUAAAAGAUACAUGAAAAAUAUUGAUUGCCAAAAUGAUGUCAGCAACUCUUCUAAACUUAGGUAAUGAAUUGACAAGAAGCCAGUAGUGACUGUGUAAUGAGCCUUCAUCUGGAAAAUGACUAUUUGAGGAAAAGCUUAUCGUAAUGGAGGAAAGAGGAAGGAGUCUGGAUUCUGGGCAUAGCAGAAAAUCAGACAGUGAUAAAAGCAGUAAUUCUUAUUACUCAGAUGAUGAUUCAUCUCAUGCUUCUGAUCAGUCUCCAACCAUCAGCACUCAAUCUAUACAAACUGUAAAUAGAAGCAAUAAAAUACAGAACUUGAAAAGCCAUGCAGAUUAUCAUGCCACAAAGCAGUUUUACUCUAAAUACGCACCCAGCAAGAGAACCCGCUGGGGUUUUUACUCCCAGAGCCUCACCAGGGAGUCUCCUGCCAAAGAUAUCAGUCUUGUUACAAAGAGAGUGCUUUCUGCUAGGCUGCUGAAAAUUAACGAGCUUCGUAAUGAACUGUCUGGGUUGCAUGUCAAACUUGAUGAGUUGCAGAAAGAAAAUAGGGUACUAAAGCAGCUUCAGUACAGACAUGAGAAAGCCCUUCAUAAGUUUGAAGGUACAGAAAAUGAAAUCUCUCAACUUCUGGUGCGGCAUAAUGAUGAGAUGAGAAUACUAAAGGAGCGCUUAAGAAAAACACAAGAAAGAGAACAAACAACUGAGAAGAAACUCAAGGCUUCAGAGGAAGAGCUAUUCAAAGCUAAAAGUGGUUUGCAAAAACUGAAAAAACUUGCAGAAGAUAAGAAUCUCCCUGAACGUGAUGAGCUGGCUAAGAAGCUGGCAAUUGCAGAAAAUAGAUUGGAAGAUAGUGAGAAGAAAAUUAAGGAAUUUGAGAAGAAGCUUGAUCUUAGCAGUAGUAGUUUCCAAAGACAACUGCACUCUAUGAAAAAGAAAUUUUAUGAAGCACAAGAAGAAAAUAAGAUUAUUCAAGAGGAAGUCCAACGAUUGAAACAAAAAUUAAAGGAAAAAGAGAGAGAAUUAGAUGCAAAAAAUAUAUAUGCUAAUCGUAUGUUAAAACACUCACCCAAAAAGCAUGAUGAUAUCACACCAAGAAAAAAAGUUGUUGAGAAAAACACUGUAAGAGAAGUACAGAACACAAAAGGAGUACAGACUACUGGAUUCCUUUCCCUGAUAGAAUUUCCAUUGCCACCAGACUUCAUUUCUGAUGAAAUAGCCCAGAAAAAGGAAGAAGAUGGGCAUCUCCAAUUGGAACAUCUAGUUAAAGAUUGGAAAGAACAAAGGGAGGAUUUCAAGCAGGAACAGAACCAAGAAAGAGAAAGAGAAGAGAAACUAAAAAAUGAACAAGAACUCCAAGCACUGGAAGAAAGAGCCAAGAAACUAAGAGAAGAAUGGGAGAAAGAAGAAUCAGACAGAAAGAAGAAAGAAAACAGUGAUUUGCUUGAAAAUGAAAAAGUGAAGAUAGAGACAGAAGUAUAUAUUUCAGAAAAAGGAACACAGAAUCAUGACAAAACAGAGGAAGAAAGACGGAAAGAAAUUCUGCUUGCCAAGAUGUAUGAAAUCGACAGGGAAACUCAAAACAAUAUAAAUACGGCUUCCAAAGAGCUUACCACAGAUACUGUUAUUGUAUCUUAUACAUUGGAAAAAAAUAAGAGACUACACCAAUUGUUAGAGACAACAGAGAAAGGGUCUAAUGGUUUGCCAGAACCAGACAGUUCAGUUAGUACAGUUGUCAAAGAAGAAAUCCAGAAACCGCAGUCUACAGACAUCACAUGUACAAACAACAAUGUGAUAUUUGGUAGUUAUGUACCUUCCUUUGGGAAAGGGUCAGGGAAGCCAAGCUGGCUUAAUCAAAAAAUUGACUUCUUAGAUGAACUCACUAAGGAAAACGUAGGUCUUGAUACUAAGAAAGAGAGAAAGUCUAAUUUAAUGGAACAGCUGUUUGGUAGCAGUGUCAACACAAUCACUCCACCUAAGAGAAAUGAUUUUCAACAAGACGGUAAUACAAACAAUGGUUUUCAGGCUAAAGGAACCAUGGUCAACAUUAAACAUGACACUGAUCUUUUUUUUAGUGAAGGAAAGAACUUUAUACCCCAAAGACAACGACUGCAACACACAGCAAAUAGACCAGCAGUUAAGGCACUUGAUUCUUUAGAAGAUGAUAUUGAGGAAGUAUUAUUGCAGUGAUUUUAUUCUGUAAAAUAUGUAAAUAGUUAUAUUUAGUUUGGUUUUAGUUUAUAAAUACAAAGUGAUUGAAGUUAAGUUAUAUAGCUUCGAGAAUGAUCAAGAAUGCAACUUUUUAUGUAAUGCCCUACACAAAAAUGAUGACAAUUAACAGAUAAAACAAGAUGUACUCAAUAAUUAUUUUCUUAUUUUCUAUUAAUAGAAUCACUUGGCCCUCUUCUUGGAAAGAAGUAGUGUUAUCUACAUAUUUGUCAUCAGUCACUUCAAAUUGACAUUUCACUAGCACAUCCAAAUAAAUGGGGAUGUUUUCUGAAUUUGAAUCCUUUCUUAUUUAAGGCCUCUUUCCACCAGUAUCUCUUGUAGAGAGUGCUUCCUUUAUGAGGAAUUUUAUGUUUUGAAAUUGAGGGUGCAGGCAAAACAAUUACUGCAGAAAAAGUUGGAUUGUCCCUGUAACUUUAGUUUAUGUUCUAGUUUUGCAUAAUACACCUACAUGUUUGCUUUGAAUGUAAUAGAUGUUUAUAAACCUCUGUCAUAGAAUAAAAUUGACUAUUUAAGAUUGAUGGCAAUAUAGACAACGUUGUAAUUUGUUAUAUCUCCUAUUGGAAAACUUAUGAUAUUUAAUUGAGAAACAAAAAAUAUAUGCCCAUUAAAUUUACCUCCACUUUAAUUGUACCCUGCCAGCUCUAUUAAAAACUACAACACAA